CAAAAUUGACUUUGAUGGAUGGCGAAAAGGCAAAAUUGCUAUUUGCACACUUCGCACGCACAGCAGCAGAGAUAGCAGCAAGGCAGACUCGGAGAUGGUGUGGCAGGUGGCAAGGCAGAGGGGCACUGUUGUUGCGAUGGCCUCAGUGUCGCGGGCAGCAUCUCGGGGCAGCGCGGUGGUGCAGGCCGUGCGUAGCGUGUGCUCUGCGCGACCCACACAGUUUCCACGACGGAAGGUGGUUGAGCCGAACCAGAGCAACAUCGUCCACGACGAGAUUAAGGAGGUGCUCAAGGGCACCAACCUCGAACACAUCCAGGACUUUCGUCACCUCUACCGGCUGCUGUACCCUGGUCCCGUACCGCCAAACUACCGGGAUCUCAUCACAGUAGACGCAGUGCGAAAGGAGCUGAUGUACCUCUUUCCGUCACCGCUGAUCCGUCCAGACUUUGACCCCAUUGCGAAACGCGUGCCGUUGGAGCAGCUGUCAAACAACUGCAUUGAGCUUGACCCCAUGUUCAGGCCCACCUCGGCCGCUCACUUCACAGGCAACCCCAAGUUCUUCAACAUGCUCGCCUACGACGAGCUAACAGCGGCGAUGACGGAGGUGUACUACCACCCGCUGUUUGAGGAGCUCGGCCAGCAGUCGCUCAAGCGCUUCAUGACGGAGACCGUCGACACCACCGUCGCCGUUCAGCAGCAGCAGCUUGACAGCAAAGGGCGGGCGCAUGCUGUUGGGAAGCGCAAGACGUCUGUUGCGCGCGUGUGGGUGUGGCCGGAGCCGGGGCCCAUGCCCAAGAUGAAGGUCAACGGUCGCCCCAUUGCAGAAUACUUCAAGGACACCGACAAGCUGCUCGCUGCCUUGGCGCCCCUUCGUCGAUUGGAUGUUGCGGACCAGUUUUCCAUCAUGUGCAACGUCCACGGCGGUGGUGUCACAGGGCAAGCUGAGGCCAUUUCGCUCGGCAUCAGCAAAGCAUUGGUGACGCUGCGGCCAGAGCUGAAGCCAGAGCUCGACAGAGAAGUAGCUAGGUAG